AACAUCUAGCUUCCGUCUGAAGGAGAAGGCAUUUUCACAUUCAGUAUUCUGACCACAGGAAAAUGACUUUUUGGCUUUGCUCUCAGCUUGCUGCCUGGAUUUUUCUCCUCCUAAUUCCUGGCCUUUCAGAUGGAGGGAAACUACUGGUGGUGCCCAUGGAUGGAAGCCACUGGCUUAGCAUGCGUCAAGUAGUGGAAAAGCUCACAGAGAGAGGACAUGAAGUGGUGGUGAUUAUACCAGAAGUAAGCUGGCAGAUGGGAGUGACACAGGCAUACACUGUGAAAGCAUACCCUGUGUCUUACACACUAGAAGAACUGGAUGGUGCCUUUCAUCAAUAUGUUCUUUCUCACUUGAAGGGUCUGCCUUUCCCACAGAAUGUUCUAACCCAAUAUAACAACUCUAUAGCUGUUUUCAAUAUAUUUUUUUCUCACUGUAAGGGCCUGUUCAGCAGCAAGGAAAUGAUGCAGUACUUGAAUCAAAGUGACUUUGAUGCUCUCCUAACAGAUCCUGUUUCUAUAUGUGGAGCAACAGUUGCUAAUUAUUUUUCACUCCCCUUCAUCUUCUUCAUGAGAGGAUUUCCUUGUGGUUUGCACUAUACAGCAACUCAGUGCCCAAACCCUGUGUCAUAUGUCCCAAGACUAUUUACAUUCAACUCAGACCGCAUGACUUUUUUCCAGAGAGUGGAAAACGCACUGGUUGCAUUCCUGGAGCUUUGGUACUGUAACGGUUUCUAUGAGGAUGCGAUAAAGUUUUCCUCUGAAGUUCUUCAAAGAGAUGUAUCCCUGCUAGACCUUCUGAGCUCUGCUUCCAUUUGGCUGCUGAGAUUUGACUAUGUGUUUGAAUACGUCAGACCAGUGAUGCCCAAUAUGAUCUUUGUUGGAGGCAUAAACUGUGUUCAGAAGAAACCGCUGUCAAAGGAAUUCGAAGCCAUUGUGAAUGCCUCUGGAGAACAUGGCAUUGUGGUCUUCUCUCUGGGCUCCAUGGUCUCUGAGAUCCCAAUGAAGAAAGCCAUAGAAAUCACAGAAGCCUUGGGAUCAGUCCCUCAGACGGUUCUCUGGCGUUACACGGGACAGGUGCCCUCCAACCUGCCAAACAAUGUAAAGCUAGUCAAAUGGCUGCCACAGAAUGAUCUUCUAGCUCACCCUAAGACUCGUGCCUUUAUUACCCACGGAGGCUCACAUGGUGUUUACGAAGCCAUAUGCAAUGCAGUGCCAAUGGUACUGAUGCCUUUAUUUGGAGACCAGAUGGACAACGCCAAGCGAGUCGAGACACGGGGAGCAGGACUGACGCUGAAUAUACUUGAAAUGACUUCAAAGGACAUAUCCGAUGCCCUGCGUGCAGUUAUUAAUGAUAAAAAGUACAAAGAGAACAUCAAGCGUCUCUCGGAGCUUCAUCUGGACAGACCCAUCCACCCGCUGGAUCUGGCCGUGCACUGGGUGGAGUUUGUGAUGAGACACAAAGGGGCCCCACACUUGCGACCUGCUGCUCAUGAACUCAACUGGAUCCAGUACCAUUCCCUGGAUGUCUUCGCCUUCCUCCUGGCUGUGGUGCUUCUCUCCAUGUUCAUCUCUCUGGAGUGCUGCCUCUUCUGCUUCCGGAGGUGCUUCCAUAAGAAGGGAAGGACCAGCAAACCAACCAAAUCCAAGUCCCACUAACAGAUGAGACUGGUGGUGGGAGAUAAGGCCUCUGCUCCAAUAUGCAAGGAUCACAGAACAUCCCAAAUCUCACUAAACUAAUUGCUGGCUUUCAGUCAAGAAAUGAUAGCAUUUCCUUUAAACUAGUGCCACAGGGGAGGUUGUUUCACUUGUUAUAAUCCAUGUCUUUCAUUAAGAAUCAGUUGUUAAAAAUAAUUUGUAUAGUAGUGCUUCAGUCACUUGGGAAGGUAUCAGUGGGAAGACCAGGACUCCUGGCUUCCACUUUUCCUGGUGUACUGAGGACUCAUGAUGUCAUUUUUCCUUUUCUGUCUGUUUUCUUCUUCUUCUUUUUUUUUUUUUUUUUUUUUUUAACCUUCUACAUGCAGUGGAGAUAUACAGGGAUUUUUAUAAGGCUUUGCUCUAAUGGCUUUAGUAGAAACAUUUGCUCUGGUGUAAGAACACCAGGUUUACCACGCACUUUGAAAACUGUAUAGCAGCUGCUAUGGAAGAGGCAAAUGUUAUAAAUUGACAGUAUGUGUCACACAAGCCAAGCUAAACGCACAUCUUAAAUGGAUCAUGUGUGUGUUUACAAUACCCUGAACUCAGUCAAGUUUUUGGUGCAGAAGUGGUUGUAAAGUUCCUGCUGUUUCACCCAGGUUCCCCAUCAGGCAGAGGUCUAUAUGUGGAGCUGGCCUGUUAGGUGAUGGCAAUCUUUGCAAGCAAUGUUUUAAAAAUCCACCUGAUUCACUGUUUGUAAGAGAUGUUGUGUUAAAGACCCAAGCCCCAGCCCUACAAAUAAACCCCCAAUACUAACAAUAA